AUGGCCACCGCGCCGUCCGCCAAUGCCUCCCUCAGCACGACCCCCACCCCCAGCCGUAUCACCCUCUUCGACAACACAAACACACUCCCCACGGCCCCCUCGCCCUCGCCCUCGCCCACUGCAUCAGACGAGAACCUGCCCUCGGCCUCGUCGUCAAAGGCCCCCGGCGGCCGCCGCGAGACGCUGCGAAAGGCAAUCGCUCACCGCAAGUAUAAACGAUGGAGCGUGGACCCGUUCCCCAGCGACGAGCACCUGUCUGUCGCGAGCGGCGAGUCGCCGGAUCCGCGGGCUGCGGGGUGGUGGAGCGUGUGGGCGGGGAUGAGGAGGCCGAGGGUGGAUGGGGAUGGGGAAGAAAGGAGGACGGGGAGGAGGAAGGAUGGGAGGGAGGAGAAGGAGGUGGCCGAGAUUGAUAUUCUUUAUGAGAACCAGCGCGGAAUGUUUGUCUGCGGCAUCCCCCUAUUCUCCGCCAAGGGCCUCCUCAACUUCGACCCCGGCCCCUGGCAGAACAAGCACCACCACGACUCGGCCGUCUCCAUCGUCAACGCACAAGUCCCGGACCCGUCAUGGGCCUGGGCAUGGAAGACCUGGUACGUCGACAUGACCACCGACGUCGACGAAGAGGGGUGGACCUACUCCUUCUCCUUCAGCCCCGCCUUCUCAUGGCACGGCACACACAUCUGGUUCCACUCAUUCGUGCGCCGCCGCCGCUGGCUGCGCAAGCGCAUCAAGCUCCACACCCCCAACGGCAGCGAGUGCAGCAGCCGCAACACCAGCCGUGAGCGCGGCCACGGCCUCAAUCCGGACUACUUCACGAUCCACUCGCACAGCCGCCACCACGCCACAACAACCAUCACCGGCAGCACCACCCUCACAAACGGCACAACCACAAAGAAAAAACGAAACGUCAUGGCCGGCGAGGGCUGGGACUGGAAAGACGAGGACGGCGACGGCCGCGAAGACUCGGAGCAGGCGCAGCACGAGGGCAUAAAGGACAUACCGACGCUGAUGAACGUGCUGCGCGCGUCGCGGCUCGACCGCGAGAAGGUCGAUGCUGUGAGGAACUUUUUGGAGGAGGCGGGAGAGGAGGUGGAGUAUUUGGCGGGACGUGUGCCGGAUGUGAUGCGGUUGAUGAUCUUUCAGGCGUCGCGCAGGCGGUUGCUGGCGCUGUUGGUGCGCGCGGGGGAGGAGGCGGAGAGGGGUGUGGAGGCGCCGGAGACGCCCGUGGAGGAGGGGGUGCCGGAGGCGCCGUUGCCGCCGGUGGUGGUGGGGGAGGGGGAGCCGACGACGCCGUUGUCGGAGAUUUCGGCGUCGUCGCAGAAUUUGUUGUUGCCGCCGUCGCCGGUGGAGGAGAGUGUGCCGCCGGUGGCGGUGCCGAUUAAGGAGGAGGGGGUUCCGGAUGAGCCGGUGAGGGGGACGAGGGAGAGGAGGGAGAGGAGGGUGAGGGCGUUGGCGGCGGCGGUGGCGGCGGCGGAGGAGGAGGUGAGGAGGUUGGAGUAUUGGAGUGAUGUUGUGGGGGUGAAGGGGUGGUUGGGGGGGAGGGGGAGAGAGAUGGAGAGGAGGGGGAGGGGGAGGAGGAGGAGGAGGGGGAGGAGGGGAGGAGGAGGAGGAGGAGGAGGAGGAGCAGGGGGCGGGGACGUUUACGAACGGGGCGGGGGAGGGGGGAAGUAUGUGGGGAGUGCGGCGAGGGUGGAUAGGAAGGGGAAGGGGAGGGACACUAGUGUAUAG